AUGGCCGUCAAUGGGGUGAAAUCGGACAUAGACUCCGAUACCACCCACAUAGAUCAUACAGAUGCAAUUGACAAAGUGAAUCAAUUACCCAGUACUAGCAACGAUACCACCUUAGAGACAAGCAACGAUUCAGAUACUGGAGACGAGGACGAGGAAGAUGAUGAGGAAGACGACGAUGAAGACGACGAACCACCGAAAUUGAAGUAUACCCGGAUCACUAAGCUCCCUCCACAGUUCUUUACCAAGGAUCCAGUUUCAGCAAGUACCUUCCAUGAGUCCUACUUCAUAUUUGCUACACACUCCGGAACGAUACACAUAACCACGCCCACAUUUGAGCGGGUCAGAACCUUCAAGGCCCAUAGGGCCCUGGUCCUUUCGGUCUACUGUGACGGAACUUAUUUUGCAACCGGCUCAAUGGAUGGAACGGUAGUCAUAGGUUCAAUCAAAGGUGAACAGGAUAUCACCGCAUACGAUUUCCACAGACCCAUCCAUGCAGUUGUACUAGAUAGAAGCUACGCAAAGACGGGGGGUUUUGUCACUGGAGGAAUGAGUGGUAAGGUCACUUACUCCAGCAAGUCUGGAUGGCUUGGAAAAAGACAUGAUGUUGUUCUAGAUGAGGGAAACGGCCCUAUUGUUUCCAUUGAAUUGAUAGAUGACUUGCUUUUUUGGAUGAAUGACCGGGGAAUUACGAUAUGUCAAUUAAGUACAAGGAAAAUAAUCAAGCAAAUCGAUAAGCCAGAAGACUCACCUCGCUCAGACCUAUAUUGGCCAAGAGUGAACUAUCCCGAGACAAACAGGAUAUUAAUAGCCUGGGGAAACUACAUCUGGUCAUUGAAGGUUAGCAUAUCCAAAGGACUGCGUGUGGAUGAUGGAGAAAAGGCAUUUUCUUUGCUUCCAUCGAGUGCAACCGUUUCUUUCAGAGGUAGUAGCAUUUAUGCUCAGGAAACUAAACUGGUAGAAGUCGAGCAUAUUUAUAAGGUGGACAGCUUGAUAAGUGGAAUUGCUAGUUUCAAAGAUGAUUUAUGGUUGGUGCUUACUUACGAACCACCUACAUUUGAGGAAAGCAAGGAAGAUGAUAGAAGAGGAAAGAGAGUAUACAAUAACCCUGAGAUCAAGAUCAUUAACUCAACGAACGGAGAAGUGGAAUUUGAAGAGGAAUUAGGGUUGCGUGAUGUACAAGGUUUAGGGCUCAAUGACUACACACUAGGUACUUCGCAUAUUGCUGGAAUGAUCCCUUCCUAUUUUAUAAUAAGUGCCAAAGAUGGUGUUAUUGUCCAGGAGUUCCAAUUAAGUGACAGGUUGAAGUGGUAUUUGGAGCACGAAAAAUACUAUGAUGCCUGGAGUAUCAGUAUGCACUUGACAACUAGAAUCAAAAGAUUGGGCUUUGGAGUACAACAUUUGGAUGGGUUGGUGAAAGAAAAUGAAUGGAAUGAAGCUGCUACUUUCCUAGCUCAGUUAUUACAAUUAACUGAUAAAGACUUGGCCCCCGAUGGCGAUACUAAGAGUACCCUUAAAUCUCAAAGGUCCGUUAUUUCGUCGAGUGAGGAAUUAGAAACCUAUGUGAGGGAAGUGGUAAAGCAAUGGGAAACAUGGGGCGAAAUAUUUGUAAAGAGUGGUCAUAUUUCUGAGUUCACGGAUAUUAUUCCUAAACUGGCUAGAUUGGGAAUACUGAAACAAAUUUAUAACCGUAUUUUGGAAUAUUGGAUAGCUGAACCGGAAAAGUUCAUUGAAGUGAUAGGAAAUUGGGAUUCAGAUGUGUAUGACUCCAAAAAAGUUCAAUCCAUAAUAGAAUUAAAACUCGAAGAAGAAGAAUACGAGAACUUAAGAAGAUGCUUGGCUCAGCUAUACGUUACAUUCGGUGAGCCCAAAAAAGCUGUUAAACAUUUGAUGAAGUUGAAAGAUUACGAUUUGGUUCAAUUUUUAUCUGAUAAUCAUAUUCUCGUUGAUUAUAAAUCUGAUUUACCAAAAAUGAUCAAAAUGAGGUUUUCCGAUAAUGAGUUGGAAACGCUUCCCAUGGAAAAGCUUGAAGAAAGAAUUGGAGAUAUAGUAGAUGUUUUGGUUAAGCAUCAGUUCGAAAUACCUCCAAAAGAAAUUAUUAGCUUGUUUGGAGGAGCUACUUGUCUUGGAUUUAUAAACUACUUCUACAUUGAGAGGCUAGAUGACCCAAGUAUAGAAAGUGAUGAAACAAUCAGGCUAUACAGUCAUUACAACAGGAGUAAACUCAUCAAAUAUCUUACGAGGAAUGAAGGUAUCUAUGAUAUAGACAAGGCUAUUGCAAUUUGUGCUGAGAACGAUUUUAUCGAAGAGUUAGUGUUUCUAUUAGGAAAAAUAGGAGAGAGCCAGCGUGCUUUGGAACUAAUUAUUGAUCGCAUGGAUGAUGCAGAGAUGGCCAUUCGUUUCGCAAAAAGUAAGGAUGAUGCAGAAUUAUGGAACGUCUUGAUUGACUAUUCGAUGAAAAAACCUAACUUUGUCAGAGCAUUGAUCGAACAUAGUGAUGAGCAAUCGAAUCAAUAUUAUGAUCCUGUCCAAAUAUUGCAGAAGAUGGACCCAAGCAUAAAAGUUGCUGGGUUGAGUGAGUCAAUUAUCAAGUUUACACAUAACAAUGACCUCAAUCUUUUGAUCAAUCAGGGAAUGUUGAGAAUAGUCUACAAACAAGCACAAGAAGUUAGUGAAAGAUACAGACUCGAAAUUUUGAGAGGUUUAGAAAUUCCCGAAUCAAAAAGGAAAACCUAUCUGACUCUUUUGAUCUCCAAAGAUGUAAAAGAAGUUGCUGGAGGAAAAAUUUACACCAAUCUAGCGGAUAAGAUCAAUUUAAUCAAAGAAUAUUCUUAG